AUGGUCACUGUCCAAAUGCGCAGAGAUGUCAGUCAUGUAGAUGACGACGAUCAAAAGACUAUUAUGCUCCUUCUCAGGGUCACGCUUGCAGCAAGCUACCGUGGUUUCCUUGAACCCGAUGUAUUCACUUUCGCCGUCACAAUUGCCACUCCUCACAAAAAGACCGGCAAUAUCUAUGGCAUCACUAUUCCGUACUGCGUCAUCCCCAACUGA